AGGGUCAGGCGCGUGCCGCGAGAACAGAGUGGACGGAGAGUAGGAGAGACCGAAAAGGCUGGGGGUGGGAGUAGCGGAUUUGAAGCACUUGUUGGCCUACAGAGGUGUGGCAAGCAGAGCGCCUCAGAACUCAGGCGUACUGCCCGCCGCCCGAGCCCUGCGAGGGCCGAUAGCGAGGGUGUGGCCCUUAUCUGCACCCAGCAGAGCGCCGGCGGGGUACGGUCUUAGGACCUCGAUCUCCUUCUCCCUCAUUUUCUCUCAUCCCUACCUAUUGUGGGUUUCCGCAUGGGCCGGACCGUGGUCGUGCUGGGCGGAGGCAUCAGCGGCUUGGCCGCCAGUUACCACCUGAGCCGGGCCCCCUGCCCCCCUAAGGUGGUCCUAGUGGAGAGCAGUGAGCGUCUGGGAGGCUGGAUUCGCUCCGUUCGAGGCCCGAAUGGUGCUAUCUUUGAGCUUGGACCUCGGGGAAUUAGGCCAGCGGGAGCCCUAGGGGCCCGGACCUUGCUCCUGGUUUCUGAGCUUGGCUUGGAUUCAGAAGUGCUGCCUGUCCGGGGAGACCACCCAGCUGCCCAGAACAGGUUCCUCUACGUGGGCGGUGCCCUGCAUGCCCUACCCACUGGCCUCAGGGGGCUACUCCGCCCUUCACCCCCCUUCUCCAAACCUCUGUUUUGGGCUGGGCUGAGGGAGCUGACCAAGCCCCGGGGCAAAGAGCCUGAUGAGACUGUGCACAGUUUUGCCCAGCGCCGCCUUGGACCUGAGGUGGCGUCUCUAGCCAUGGACAGUCUCUGCCGUGGAGUGUUUGCAGGCAACAGCCGUGAGCUCAGCAUCAGGUCCUGCUUUCCCAGUCUCUUCCAAGCUGAGCAAACCCAUCGUUCCAUAUUACUGGGCCUGCUGCUGGGGGCAGGGCGGACCCCACAGCCAGAUUCAGCACUCAUUCGCCAGGCCUUGGCUGAGCGCUGGAGCCAGUGGUCACUUCGUGGAGGUCUAGAGAUGUUGCCUCAGGCCCUUGAAACCCACCUGACUAGUAGGGGGGUCAGUGUUCUCAGAGGCCAGCCGGUCUGUGGGCUCAGCCUCCAGGCAGAAGGGCGCUGGAAGGUAUCUCUAAGGGACAGCAGUCUGGAGGCUGACCACGUUAUUAGUGCCAUUCCAGCUUCAGUGCUCAGUGAGCUGCUCCCUGCUGAGGCUGCCCCUCUGGCUCGUGCCCUGAGUGCCAUCACUGCAGUGUCUGUAGCUGUGGUGAAUCUGCAGUACCAAGGAGCCCAUCUGCCUGUCCAGGGAUUUGGACAUUUGGUGCCAUCUUCAGAAGAUCCAGGCGUCCUGGGAAUCGUGUAUGACUCAGUUGCUUUCCCUGAGCAGGACGGGAGCCCCCCUGGCCUCAGAGUGACUGUGAUGCUGGGAGGUUCCUGGUUACAGACACUGGAGGCUAGCGGCUGUGUCUUAUCUCAGGAGCUGUUUCAACAGCGGGCCCAGGAAGCAGCUGCUACACAAUUAGGACUGAAGGAGAUGCCGAGCCACUGCUUGGUCCAUCUACACAAGACCAAGAACCAGUUGAAGUGGCGACAGAGUCAUGACAGGACCGUGGAGUGGCCUAAGGAGUACCCAGGGCGAAGUAGGAAACAGGCUCCUUCUAUUCUUCAUGUGCCUGGGUGCCAACUCCUCAGGUGCAGGGACCGUGACCACCUGGGGGCUGCCUCCGUGUCGACGCGUUCCCAGCGCACAUACCUGGUCUUUUGCUGCCUGUCGUCACCGCCACCCCAACAGCCGGGGAGGCAUCGCUGCCGCCAUCUUGGAAGCGGGCGCUGCGGGGGCGGGGUCUCGCGUCAUGGGGCGGGACCUCGGGGCGGAGCCACCCGGGCUGACUAGGCACCCGGUCCCAGACACCGCGUGGCCGGGGGCUUGUGAGGGAGCAGCGCCUGAGCCUGCCCACCUGGAACGCGUUGUAGGCGACCCCCUGGGGAGCGGGUGCGAGGGUUCAACUCCACUACGCAGACUGCUAGUGGGAUUUCAUUUCCUGCCGCUCAGAUUUGUAAAAGCAGAAGCUCAAGCCCUUCAUUUUCCUCUGGGCCGAGACUGAUCAGGAGGCUAGUGAGCCGGUUUCUGGUGCUCCGCUGACCUCGUUAUCACCUUGUGGUUGGCUGAGCCCUCUCCCAGUGUGUCAGUGGCACCCCCUGCAGCCUAGUGCCACUUAGUAUCAAUUGUUCCUUACGCAGGCUACAGCGUUGCGGACCGCUCUAGCGCAUUUUUGUAUUCCCGUUGUAUCCCGCAGGCCUGGAAAUAAAAAGCGAUUAGUUAAUAAAACAAUGAAACAUUGAA